AUGGGGCUGGACACAGGGCCUCUGGGGGUGCCUGAACCUGUCCGGGCUGGACCCUCUGCUCUGACCCUGGCAGACAUUCCAGGAAUCUCAGGCAUCCCCCAGCGGGUGCACCAGGGCCUCCGGCAACCACACAGGGCUGAGUCACCGUACGGCCAGGACAGCCCUGAGCACAAAGCCACUUUUCAAAGGGCCUCUGUGUGCUCUAUGGAAAUCAGCAGCCCGGUCUCGCAGUUCGGCCUGCAGCAGCCCCUCGAGCUCCCUGAGCAGCAGCUUACUUACGGCAAGUGCAGCCUUGUGGGCAGUGGCACCGGCAGAGAAGCAAUGGGUGGCGAAGGCAGCCAGAAGGGAAGCAUUAACUGCAUUGCCAUGAGUCGGAACCCCUACGCAGGGCUGGUGAGCCGCCUGCGGGCAGCCUGGCUCUCAGGGAAGACGCGGCCCAUGGAGUACCGCGUGUCCCAGCUGGAGGCCCUGGGCCGCUUCCUGGAUGAGAAGAAGCAGGACAUCCUGGAGGCCACUGCCUUGGACAUGCGCAAGCCAUCCUUUGAGGCCUGUUUCUCCGAGAUUCUCCUCUGCAAAAAUGAGCUCAAUGACACCCUUAACAACCUCUCCCACUGGAUGAAAGAUGACCAUGUGGAGAAGAAUCUGGUGACACAGCUGGACUCAGCUUUCAUCCGCAAGGACCCGUAUGGGGUAGUGCUCAUCAUUGCUCCCUGGAAUUACCCUAUCCACCUCUUCCUCGUGCCCCUCAUCGGGGCCAUCGCUGCUGGUAACUGUGUCAUUGUCAAACCCUCGGAGACGACGAAGAACACUGAGAGGCUCGUGGCUGAAGCGCUGCCCGGCUACUUGGACAAUGACUGUUUUGCCGUGGUGACUGCUGGAGUGGAGGAGACCACCAAACUGCUGGAGAACAAGUUUGACUACAUCUUCUUCACUGGCAGCCCCUCCGUGGGCAGGAUCAUUAUGACAGCUGCUGCCAAGCACCUGACACCAGUGACGCUGGAGCUGGGAGGCAAGAAUCCCUGCUACGUGUCUGACACCUGCGAGGUGCAGAAUGUGGCCAGACGAGUGGCCUGGGGACGCUUCUUCAAUGCAGGGCAGACCUGUAUUGCACCUGACUACAUACUGUGCAGCGUGGAGAUGCAGGAGAAGCUGCUGCCUGCCCUGCGUGAGGCCAUUACUGAGUUUUAUGGCCCCAACCCCCAGGAGUCUCCUGACUUUGCCCGCAUUGUGGGAGACAAGCAAUUCCGUCGUAUCCGGGCUCUGCUGAGCAGCGGGCGUGUGGCCAUUGGAGGGCAGAUGGAUGAGCAGGAGCGCUACAUUGCUCCCACAGUGCUGGCAGAUGUGCAGCCCUCUGAUCCUGCCAUGCAAGAAGAGAUCUUUGGGCCCAUCCUGCCCAUUGUUGUUGUGGCCAGCAUGGAUGAAGCCAUUGAGUUUAUCAAUUCCCGUCCACAGCCACUGGCCCUGUAUGUCUUCUCCUGCGAUAGCAAGGUGGUGAAAGAGGUGCUGGAGCGGACAAGCAGCGGUGGCUUUUGUGGAAACGACACCCUGAUGCAUGUGACGUUGACCUCGCUGCCCUUUGGUGGGAUUGGGAACAGCGGCUUGGGAAAAUACCAUGGCAAGUUCACCUUUGAUACCUUCACUCACCACCGCAGCUGCCUGCACCGCAACAUGGGACUGGAGACCAUCAACGCCCUGCGCUACCCACCUUACAGCCAGCAGAAGUUAGGGUUACUGUCAGCUGCCUUUGAGAUCAGGCGCAAGGGCAUGUGCACCCUGCUCUGA